GCGGCUGUUUUUGACUCGCUGGUGCUCCAUGAAACUGGAAGUUUAAGGGAAUAAAACCGAAACCAGAACUUGUGUAAUGUCUCUGUUUGGUUCCAGUUGAAUUUACCGGCUGUUUUCCUUCAUAUGGGCCACAGUUUUCAGACUGACGAUGAUUCUCAAAGGGCAGAAGAGAAAACUGGAGCCGGAGGUGGUGGACGUCUGCGGCCCCAGCGGCCCCCUGUGGGAGCGCCAGCGGCAGUUCGUCUUCUCCGUGUCCCUGAACAAGUACCAGCGCGGCCAGGAGCUGCCCGAGCCCAGCCUGCGCCGCUCCGUUCUCAUCGCCAACACGCUGCGUCACAUCACCCUGGAGGACGGCGGCGCCGCGGAGGAGACGCCGCCUCCUUGGUUUAGAGUCCAGGCAAAGGAGCAGGAGAGCCUUCACGCCCAACAGACGCCCGGCGCUGGCGAUGCGGCUGGUUCUUUAAGCGUCUCCUCGCUCUCAGACCGCUGCCAGUCAGGCGUCUCUACGGCGGCAGACGACGAGGACUGGGGCUCCAUGGCCACGGACUCAGACUUCUCCUUCUCAGCCGCCAUCUCCUCCAUCCUCACCGCGCUGGACUCCACCAUCGACGGCGGCCCUCAGGCAGCUCCACGGCCGCCUCUCCGGUCCCUGGAGAACCUCUCCGGUCCGGCGUGGGCGAAACACGGGACCAGAGCCGGCGGCGGCGGCGGCGGCGGCUGGGAGCCGCAGGGAGAGGAGCGGCUGCGGCAGAGCGGCGGCGAGGCGGCAAAGCCCAGCUACCUGAACGACGUCACCAUGGAAGAUCUGCUCCAGGACGUAGACACGUCCCUGCUGGAGAGGGACGUCGGCAGAGCAGGACACCCGGCUGAGGAGGAGCUCAUUUGCUACCUGCCUCCGUUUUCUCCCUCCUCCUCUUCCUCUUCUCACCCGUUCUCCCGUUCUCUCAGCUCCAAUCUGAAGUGUCUGCCGUCGUUCUCCUCCUUCAGUCCCUUUUCUCCCCCGUCAGCCGAACCCGCUGCUUUCUCCGGUCAGAGCCAGGCCAGAGAAGGACUGGAGCUGGAGCAUCUGAUGGAGAUCCUGGUGGAGUCCUGACCAGUUUCUAUCUGAAAUAAAAU